UGGCGGGGGGUAGGAGGGGAAGGCGAAGUCCAACAGCAGAAGUCCUCGCGCGUGAAGGAGACCUGGGUGCUACAGCGUCCCAUCGCGCACGCAGAGCGCGCCAACGCUCGUCCCGGACUUCACCUGAAUGGACCUGCAGCGUUCACGCGCACUCCUCGGGUCGUGCGUGUGCGGGCAGACAUGCAGUUCUUUUACGUGGGAAACUACACGUGGGCAACAAUGCUGGGCCAGAACGUGCGCUUACAGCCGGUUCCCAUCCAGAGCCUGUCGGAACUGGAGAGAGCCAGACUGCAGGAAGUGGCCCUGUACCACCUGGAGGAGAGGGAGCUGGACUUCAAGAUCAGCAUCCCCAAAG